AUGACGCGGUCAGACUCGCUAUUCCCCGGCGUCUCCUCGUCGUCGCCCAACCUUCCUGCCUCUGCAUGCCGUUGGUCCUCGUUCGCUCCUCCACCUGGACCCUCAGACGGGCCAGUCUCGCGUCCCGACCGGCCGCGCCCAUGGCGAUCCUCCCUCCUCCAGUAUAGUCGCAGGCACUUUUACGCUGUCCUGCAGCGCUGGUCUUCACUGCAUGCGCCGCUGUUACUAAGCUGGGACUCCUUCUGCCGGGUGUUUCUUCCGCCCGAUGAGGCCGGUUGCGCCACGCGGGAGGGUCGCGACGCUCAGCUCGGGAACAGCGAGAGACGGCGAGAAGCCCCCCCCAAUCUGCAUGCGUGCUCUCCCUACUGGGCUUCUCCAGAACAGCCGAAGUCAGGAGCAGAAGGUUCCCUGAAGCGCAGAGAUGGAGAAGAGGGCUGCGGACUCGGCCCUCGUCGACUCCACGACCCAGUCGCGGCAUCUGGGGCUCCGCCGAGGGGAGAUUCCUCCGAGCAAGCAGCGCCAGCGGGAGGAUGGGGAGGCGAGGAAGAAGAGCGUUAUGCAACGUGGCCAUCGCUCCAGCAGAUGAACCGAGCACUCGACGACUCUGCAGGAGGCGGAGGUCCAGGCAACGAAGGAUUUAGAGAGUCGGACGAAAACUUGAGAGACCUCGCUCAAGACGUCUGGGAAGCGUUUCAAAUCGGCGGCGGUCUCGAGGCCUUUCAGCUGCUCGGCGGACUCGCCUGGCUCCUCCCCGCCUGCCUUCGGACAAAGUGCCGGGCCCUCACUCGCGUGUUUGACAUCAUGGGCACGGGCAAGUUGACAUGCGCAGAGCUCUCGAUCCUCCUUGACAGGAGCCUCGAGGGCCUCGCUCGCCUGCUGGCGUGUCCGGCCCUUUCAGGUGUCGCUACGCCGUACAGCCGCGCGCUCCUCAACCAAGCCUUGAGGGAGAGAACACGGUCGCAGCGAGAAGGCCACAGAGGCGAAAGUGGCGCUGAAGACCGCGAGGAGAGCAAAGAAUCCACCGGCCGAGAUGGAAGACGAAAGGAGAAGAACGCAAAGCUUGCCGUACACGUUGCUAGCAACGAUCCCGUGCCGUGGGACUUUCUAAUGGGAGUUCUUCAAGAGGUGGAAAGGAAAAUUUGCCAGUCUCUUCAGCCGGCGCUUGAGAUGGCCGAUGUCUUGCGGAUGACCUUCCCCAGUGGCGAAUUACCCUGGACGACGCAGCUGCAGCCCGGGGCUCUCUUCCUCGGGCACUACGAAGUUCUUCAACUACUCCACAAAAGCUCCAGAGUUCCUCACGGGCGCGUCGUUUUGAAAGUUCAAGAGAAAGCGACGGGCCACGUGUUUGCGCUGAAGGCCGUUGUGAAUCGACAAGGCAGUGAACCUCGCAGACACAGCCGCAGCGCUAGCGCUAGGUGCUCACCGCUCCCCGACUUCCCGGCGCUUCGCCUGCCUUCCUUCCUGGCUGAGGCUGCUCACCUUCAAAAACGCCCGCAGCAGCUGCGCGCCGCUGGCCGUGCGCACACGGCCCGAUGCACUCUCCAGGGGGAAGUGCCUCCUUUCGCUUUCCAACUGCUCGCGUGGGAAGAAGGCGAGACUCUCGAGGCGUUUUUGAAUCGGCGACGAGCGGACUGGUGUCCGCAUUCGACGUCCCCCCCCUCGUCGCCUGCUUCCUCUUCUUCCCCCGUUCCUCGGCGAGAAGACACCGCCACAUUGCCUGGCAGUCCGCCUUCCGCCUCUCCUUGCACCCAGCUGAGAGCUCCGGCCUUCUCUGAGACUGAACUCGUAGCCCUCUGGCUGUCGCUGCUGUCCGUGCUGGAGGAACACCACCGAGUCGGCAUUACCCACGGCCACCUCCUGCCUCGGAAAAUUCUCCUGCAAAGCACGGCAGGCGCCCUCGGCCCCUUUCUAUCUUCCGGGGAGACAGCGACGCGAGAGAGCGAGAGCGAGGAAGCGCGGCCCGUUGCCGGGUUCGGCAAAACAGAGCAAACGGGGGAUCCCAGUCGGCUGUCCUUCACAGACACCGCACUCGUUCUGCUCGACUGGCAACUCGGCAUCGAUGCACAGCUGCAGGAGAAAGCAACGCGUUCUCGCCACAGCUGCGCAGCCUGGCGUGCUUCUUCGGCCGGCGCUGGAGGAGGAGGGUGUUUGUGGCCCACGCAUGCGGGCUCUCCGGUGUCGGAGGGGAAGCUCGGCGUCUCCGCCCGCGCAUCUUCGGGCACUUCCGAACCUCUCGAGGAUGAGAUUUCCGCCCUCGUCGGAGAGCUCAGGCGAGGUCUCGCUGGCGCACUCGCGGGAGGCGUGUCUCCCGAAGAUAUCGAGGAAGAAAUCUCUUCUUUUGCGGGACGAGACGCAAACGCCGAAGGCUACGCGCCUCCGGAACUGCAGCUUCUCCAUCUGUACCUCGCUUCCCAGGCGGCCUGUGUGGGCCAAGGUUCAACCGACCUCUGGCCAGGGAGAGACGCCGCAUGCGAAAGCGCGAGAGAAAGAGAGGCAAGCGCGUUUGAAACGAUGCCUGGUUCGGCGCCUCGAACUCCGUCCCUCUCCGUCCGGAAGACGUGGGAUCUCUACGCCACAGCCAGAAUCAUUGCAGAGUGCGUGACCCUCCAGCAAGCCCCGCCUCUUCGUCGGAAAUCGAGUUUCUGGUCUCAGUUCGGGGCGCGGGAACCAGGAGCUGAUGAAGGAGAGGAAGAGGCAGAGGAAGGAAACUGGAGUGCCGGGAAGCCUGGCCAGGACUCGCCGUUGGAUGCGCCGCUCUUGGACUCCGCCGGAGGGCCUUCUUUGCCCUCGCCGCCUGUUGCUUCUGACUCCUUUCUCGCCGCAACUGCGCUUCCUAAAACCCGCCAGGCGAUCCUGGAUCUUCGUGGAGUCAAAUUCGAUCCAUUCCGAAUCCGCUACCUCGCGAAGUUUGCGAGACAUUUGAAUGCCGAAACUCUGAUGCUGCCUUCAGCUUCGUCCUCUUUGUCUUCCUCGCCGCCCUUGCCGACCUCGUCUCCUUCCAAGAGGCUGGCAGACAGCAGGAGCGACGGCGGGGAGGCGGAAGGGACGUCCCGGCAAGAUGUUGCGGAUCGCGGCUUCGUUUCGGUGCCUCUUGCGCGCAUGUUGAGUCGCGAGGAAAAACACCUGCAUCUCAGUGGAAAGAACCUCACGUCGCUCGAGGCAGUGCUGAUUGCCCGGACGCUCCUGACGGCCUCGUGGAUUGAAGAACUCCGUUUGAACGACAAUGCCUUCGGCUCGGCGCCUCCAGGCGGAAUUCCCCGACAACCGUUCUCUCUGGAAAGCCCGUCGCUUGAUGCUUCGCAACUUUCGCCGUCCUUCGAAGGGCGAGGCUCUGGACAGGACGGUGGAGACCAAAGCUGGAGGAGCAGCGCAGCGGCCCAACUCUUGGGAGUUUCUCUCACGUGCAUGCACAACCUGCAAGUCCUCGACCUCAAUCGAUGCCAACUCUGCACCCACGGGCGGCGCGUGAGUUGCCGUCGCCUGGACUCUUCGGAGACAGAUCGCGAAGAGGCAGGAGAUCCGGAGGAGCGAGGAAGAGGCGAAGGAGUCUGCCGCUUGGCGGCGGCAGCUCUGAAACACAGCUGGCCGCAAAUGAAGGAAAUCGACUUUAGCUACGCAGAAAUCUCCGACGGCGGCCUCGACCUCCUGGCCGACGCCGUGGCUGUCCAUGGCAAACUCCAGCUUGUCAACCUCAGCGGCAACCGCAUCACCGUCGUCGGUUUGCGGUCGAUAUGCCGUGCACUUUGCUCGAAUCACAGCGUCGGGCUGCUGAGUUUGCAGAACAUUCCAGCUCUUGAACCGCGAGAGACUGCGACUUGUCCUUUUCCGCCAGCGUCCCCGUCGUCAGCUGCGCCCUCCUCUCGCGCCUCUCUUAUUACUCCUCAAGCGCCGCUCUUGGAACAGUCCCUUCUCAGAAAUGGCGGACGCUCGCCUGCUUCGCCUGUCUCCGGCGGGCGAGGCGAGAACACGUUGGCCGGAGCGCCACUCCGGGGCACUCAGACGCGAACCGCGACCGCAGGCGCCGGGUCUAGAGGAGACAGGGAGACGGUCGGUCUCCAGGAGCCCGCUGAGUCAGCGUGUCUGUUGCAAAUGAUAGAGAGAGCCGUCAGCUUCAACGUGCAGUACAAGGAACUCCGAAAGCACACGUCUGCCUUUGAAAUCCCUGUAGGUGCGCCUCUGAUGUGCGAAACGCUGGCCUCGUGGCUGGACGGCGACUCGUACCUGCAACGAAAGCUGCUGUCCCGCCUUCAGCAUGUUCGUCGACUUCGUCAAGAAUUCUCGGCCAGAAAAAGUUGUCUUCGAUCUCGACUGCACUCGCGAAGGGAAUCUUCCUCUUCUCGGUCUGCGAUGGAGACCAGUGAGGAUCCACCUGUGCAGGAAACCCCAGGAGACAGGGCCGGGUCUCCGGCGACUUGGCCUGCGGACCUCGAGCAACCCGCGACCGCUAGUUGGGCUCCAAACGGCGGUUGGGGCGGGCGGACGGGAGAGGGAGAGGAGGCAAGGAGGCGCGUCACGCAGCCAUCGAAUCGGAAUUCGGGACCAGAGGGAGGUGGGAACAGUUAUGAAAAGGAGCCGGAGGGAGAGGAGGGCGAAAGGCGAGGACGUUUAUCAGCGAGAGAAGUGGGGAGAAAGGCUGACGAAGGCAGAGAGCUAAGGCCGCGAGACAAACACACCACUCGUCUGGAGGGAGAAGAUGAGGAAAGGGAGGGCAGCGUGAGCAGUGGCAGUCGUGUACGAUUUUCUUCACGAGACCAAACGGAAAGAUCGCUUGGAGCCAGGACUGGCGCUCGUUGGGGGCCGUCUCGAAAGGAAGCAAAAGAGCAGGCAACCGACGAUGAAGACCAGAUAUACCUGGAGCUCGAAAAUGCUGUAGCCGACAAAAUGCUAACUCCCGACGGCGCCACGCUGCAGCCGAGGCUCUUCCCUGCCUUCAAGCACACGGACCUAAAAGAGCUGGAGGGGCUGCUCACCAUCACUCCUGGGUGGCACGUUGCGCAUGGUCAAAAAGCCGAAGGCAAUGAAGAACUCAAGAACCUCACACCCAGCGAGGUCGGGCCAGGAUCGCCUGGGCAACAGGAAGAAAUGCGCGAGGGAGCAUAA